UGCAUGUGCUGCGUAGAUUAGAGUGUCUGCUGACACACUGUGAAAUGUGGCCUAAACUGACUGGGGUCUGGGGAGGUUUGGCGCCUGGUAGUCUCAUCCAAAAAAGAGGAAUCACACCUAAAAAGCCGCACUAUUGUAUCAGGAUUAAGACCUGGGAUUUAAUCUUAAAAUCCUACUUGUGCUCACUGCUGUUGGUAACUUUUUAAAAGUGACAUUUAUUGAUUUAGAUCUGCAGUCCGGUCUCGUCUAAGCCGGUGUAGUUAGUAAAUUCCUCCGCGCAGCUGUCAGUUUGAGGCAGGUGGAGGGAUAAGUGGAGAACUGCGUCUUUGUCACGGCAAAGUCUGGAUCUCGUGGAUUAAACAGCAGCGACGGUAGCUGCUAUGGGUUUGUCCCACUUCGGAGCACCGCCCUCAAACACUGGACUCAGCUGCAGGAGAAACUGCUGCUGUCACACUGACUGAGGACUCACUUCACACCGCAGUCCUCGUUUGACCCGAACACACACACUGGAAGGAAGAAGUUCAGACCGAGAUAUGAGACUGGGCAUGACGGUGCGAGCCAAGCUGAGGGUGUAGCCACAUCUGGCAGAGAGAGUGCAGAAGCGAGCAGGAGCCCCAGACCGUCGACUGCAGCAGGGAAGAUGGGAGAGACAGAGGAGGACAAUGUGGGGAAGCUGUUUGAGAACUUUUUCCAGGCCUCGACCUGUAAAGGAACGCUUCAGGCCUUCAACGUGCUCUGCAGGCGUCUGGACCUUGACCCUGCCGAUCACAGCACCUUCUACAGCAGCCUGAAGGCCAAGGUCACCUCCUGGAAGGCCAAAGCGCUGUGGAGCAAGCUGGACAAGAGGAUGUCGCAUAAGGAGUACAAGAAAGGCCAAGCCUGUGUGGGCACCAAGUGCCUCAUCAUCGGAGGAGGUCCCUGCGGCUUGCGGACUGCCAUUGAACUGGCCUUGAUGGGUGCCAAAGUGGUGGUGAUCGAGAAGAGGGACUCUUUCUCCAGGAACAAUGUGCUCCAUCUUUGGCCCUACACAAUUCAUGACCUGCGGAGCCUCGGAGCCAAAAAGUUUUACGGCAAAUUCUGUGCUGGGGCCAUAGACCACAUCAGCAUCCAGCAGCUGCAGCUCAUCCUGCUGAAGGUCGCUCUGAUUGUUGCUGUGGAGUUUCACAUCAAUGUGGAGUUCGUCAAGCUGCUGGAACCUCCAGAGGAUCAGGAAAAUGAAGGAGUUGGGUGGAGAGCUGCAAUCCGACCUGCUGAUCACCCUGUGGCAAACUUUGAGUUUGACGUGGUGGUGGGGGCUGAUGGACGCAGAAAUACUCUGGAAGGUUUUAAAAGAAAGGAGUUCAGGGGUAAACUGGCGAUCGCCAUCACGGCCAACUUCAUCAACAGGAACACCACUGCAGAGGCCAAAGUGGAGGAGAUCAGCGGAGUGGCCUUCAUCUUCAACCAGAAGUUCUUUCUGGACCUCAAAGAAGAGACAGGUAUCGAUCUGGAGAACAUUGUGUACUACAAGGACAACACACAUUACUUUGUCAUGACUGCCAAGAAACAAAGCCUGCUGGACAAAGGAGUUGUCAUUAAUGAUUACAUUGACACUCAGAUGCUGCUGAGCAGUGAAAAUGUCAACCAGGAAGCUCUUCUGUGCUACGCCCGAGAGGCUGCUGACUUUGGCACCAACUACCAGCUUCCCACGCUGGAUUUUGCCAUGAACCACCUUGGGCAGCCAGAUGUAGCAAUGUUUGACUUCACAAGCAUGUACGCCUCUGAGAAUGCCGCCCUGGUCAGGGAGAGAUUUGGACACCAGCUCCUGGUGGCGCUGGUUGGUGACAGUCUGCUGGAGCCCUUCUGGCCAAUGGGAACAGGUUGUGCCAGAGGCUUCCUGGCUGCCUUUGACACGGCCUGGAUGGUGAAGAGCUGGGCUCAGGGUCGGACGGUUCUGGAGGUGCUGGCAGAGAGGGAGAGUAUUUACCGACUCCUGCCACAAACAACACCUGAAAACAUUGCCAAAAACUUUGAUCAGUACACCAUAGACCCUGGGACCCGAUACCCAAACCUCAACUCCUCAUGUGUCAGACCUCAUCAGGUGCGUCACUUGUACAUCAGUGGGGAGCUUCAUACCUGCUCUCUGGAGCGUGCUGCUACCAUACGGCGGCCUGUCAAUCUCUCCAGGCGAGAGUCAGAGAUCAGACCAGCGAGGCUUCUCACCUGGUGCCAGAAACAGACGGAGGGCUACAGGAAUGUGACCAUCACAGAUCUGACCUCUUCGUGGAAAAGUGGCAUCGCUCUCUGUGCCCUAAUCCACAGGUUCAAACCCCAGCUGAUAGAUUUCGACUCAUUAAAUGAUGAGGACUUUGCCGCAAACCUCCAGCUGGCGUUUGACAUCAGUGAACGGGAAUUUGGAAUCCGACCGUUCACAUCUGCGAAGGAGCUGAGCGACGACGAGGAGCUGGAUAAGAUGAGAAUGAUUGCCUACCUGUCCAAAUUCUACGAGCUCUUCCGUGGAACACCUUUACCUGCAGCAGGUUCCAGAGGAGUGGAUGAAAACAAUGAAGAUUAUCCAUCUAAGGAAGUCAGGAGCAAUAAUAAUGUGCUCAAUCUUGCACUGCCCAGGAAACGGGUGCCAAAGGAUGAGAAGAAGUCAGACGGUACAGAUCCCAUUUACAAAAGGAGGCGAAAGUUCUGUUAUUUGGAGGAGGCCACCAAUCUGUCCAGUAAUGGCUCUGCAGUACGAGACGGGCGAGAUCCCAAAGAAAAUAAAGUGCGCUCAAUGGCUACUCAGCUACUGGCCAAAUUUGAAAAUACACCCAACUACACUGUCCGCAAAACACAGUCAGACUGUGAGAAGUCCUUGCUGCUCCACAUUGUUGACCUGAAUGAGAGUCUGCCGGUUAAACUCAGGCCUCCAGUCCCGCCUAAACCUCCUCCUCUAUCACAGUUUGAAGUGAGUAUCAGAAAAGCAGCAGAGCAAUUAGUCCGCCUGCCUCCAAAGCCUCUGCCCAAACCCCAGCUGCAGCCCCAGCAUCCGUUUUCUGUAGUGAACCUCAGACAUGUUGAUCAAACUGAGACGAAGCCUCAGCCUGACAGUGCAGAGCCCCCUGCUCCUCCUCACUCCUGCCAGUCAGCAAUCCAUUUCAUGUCAAGAAUCCUCCAUCGCCUCAAGGAGGUGGAUGAACACAUCUCUGAGAAAAAAGCUCAGACACAACAGGUUAGAGAGUUUCAUGCAAAGAGUAUUAAGGAAAAAGCUGUUCACCUUAGUGGGUUGUUCGAGACAGAUGGUUCUGCUCUUCUCAAGGGCAGCUCAGUACGGAGGGUGUUUCUCCAGUCAGGUGAUAAGUGUCACAGGUGUGAGAAGCGAGUUUAUAUGGUGGAGAGGGUCUGUGCUGAAGGCCUCUACUUCCACAGGGAGUGUUUUCGCUGUUCCACCUGCAGCUCUGCACUGAGACAGGGAGCUCAGGCCUUCCACUCUGAAGAGGGGAAACUGUACUGCAAGCUUCAUUUUGAUCAACGCAACAAUGGGACCAACCUACGGAGGAAUUUAUCUUUCCGCUCAAAUCGCUCUGGAGUUCAGGAACAAAGUGGUGCUGAUGCAGAAAGCUCCCAGACCAGCUGUCCGACUGACCUGCAUAGUGAAGCUGCUGCAGGUAGCUUCAGCUCGUUCAUAAGGAAAAAGCUGAGUGGACCUCUGAGUGUGGCUCGUGCCGUUUGUAACGCUCCCAGUUAUCUGUCCCAGCGUGUGCGCAGUGCAGCACAGGCCUUCGUCGGCCACCUGAGGGACAACGCCCAGGACUAUACGUUUCUGUAUGAGCUACUGAGCAUGAGCUUGCCCCUGCUGUUUGUUUUACAAGAGGUACUGCUGCAGAUGUCCACAGAGGCUGACGGACCGAGCUCUUUCCAGCCUUUACUGCUCUGGCUGCAGGAGCAUAUCGGACACAGACUCAUCUAGACUCUCAGCAGACCCCAACUGUUAAUAUUUAACCUGAAAAUGACUCCAAAUGCCAUUAAAUCUGUGGCUAACAUCUGCAUUAGCUGGAGUGUUUUCAUCCUAUUACCAUGAGUAAAUGUGCACAAGCACCUUCUAAAUGUUUACUUAACUUUUAUGAUGACACUGUAGGCAGAUCUGCUAAUGUGCAGGAUGUGCUCAUGCACAGGCCAAAGAAGAGACACUGUAAGUUGCUUAUGCAACUUUAUGCAGUCUACUUGUCUGCCGAAUAUUUGUGCAGUGGGUUUUAUGUGGAAACUGCAGUACUUCUUGUUUAGAAUGAAUUAAGCAAACUGGUUGCAAGUGAUUAAAAUGCAAAAUACUACAACAGGCCUCAGUCAGUGCAUUAAAGACUUAAGACUGCUGGAAUGUCUAAUCAUCGUUGCUGUAGAAUUUAACUUUAUACAAGCCGUUUUGGAAAACUGAUCCUGCAGUUAAAUUCCUUAACUUGGGUUAUGACUGACGAACUUGAUGCACUUUAUCUUUGAGAACUGCCUCGUCAAUGUAGCAGCAAACUGUCACAUUAGACAAAAGCCUGGUCUCAUGUCAGCAGUGACACCAGGCUCGUUUUCUAUGCAGAUGUGCUUCUACCAGAUGUUUGCAGGCCUGUUUUUUUUUUUUUUUUUGGUCAGGCAUGCCAACAAUUUCUUUAUCAUGAUCUCUGUUUACUCUCAUGAACUGUUUGUACUGACUGUGUUUUUUUAAAUGCGUAACACCAAAGAAUCUCUGAUACUGUGGACUGUCCUAGAUACUGCCGAGUAUUUAGUUUUAUUUUGCUGCCAUCUACUGUUGACUCAGAUAAAAAGCACGAAGGGAAAAUGAGACACCAACCCUUCAGUCCUAAUCUCUCCCUGAAUACUGUUACGGACAAUUGCAUUUUAGACAGCUGAAAUAUUUUCAGAUUUGCUGUGGACAAUAGAAGCGGUGAGCGUGCUGUAGCGUGUCUGAAUGUGCUUGCCACUCUUGCCUUAAUUUUAAAGCAUGUUGUUGGAUGAUCAACUGCAAACCUCUUUGACUAGAAGCCACUUGGUUGCUUAUUAUUCUAAUGAUGCCAAAGAAGCACUUUAGAGUAUUUGUUUAAAACAUAUUUGAUAAUGAUGUUUGCAAAAAAAUGUUGUUUACGGCAUGAUAACAGUGUUCGUGUUAUCAGCUCCCUAGUAUUUCGUGAUAGAAUCUGCUGCAUGUGACAUGAGCUAAAUGUGCUGUUACGGUGCAGUGCAGGGGGAAAACAUCAGUGUUUUAAAAUACCAAAGAACUGCUUUUAUGAUCACUAACUGGACUUUUUACAACAUGUAAGUUGUACAUCUGUACUGUGUGCCAGCAUCAAAAUAUUCUCUUCAUCGUGAAUGCCAGUAUUUUGUUCUGUUCUCAUAAACAUUUUCUACUUUUUGUGCA